GCACAUCCAAAACCGCGCUUGUCAUGCGUCAAUGUAGUCGAAACUCGGGCAAAAACAAAUGCUAUUUUUAUUCUUUAUAAGCUAUUUUUUACAUAUAAUUAUAAUUUUCAUUCAAAUUAUAAGUGACAGUUCAGUGUUUUCGAAAUUUGUUCAAAUAAGAUUCAAAAAAUUUUCCUCGUUUGCAAGAUAAAUCAGUUCACUCAGAAUCGUAAAACUGUCAUUUUAACGUAAAUAAAUCGUUGCCUAGACUUUAGAACGGCGGGGAUACCGGCAAGAACAAUGAACGAAACAAUUGUAAAUUAUACCGAUUUGAACAUCAGCAAUAUAUCGGAAAAAAUUACAAAUGCGACAGCGAACGGUCUUCCUCCUUUUCAAGCGAACAGCCACGAAAAUAUAAUCGAUAACAAAUGGGUGCAAGCUAUGUUCUGCGUUAUUUACACCAUCAUAUUCGUUUUAGGUCUUCUUGGAAAUAUAUUAGUAUGUUUUGUUGUCAUCAGAAACAAGGCGAUGCAGACAGUUACGAAUCUUUUCAUUAGCAAUUUGGCUUUAUCCGACAUUUUGUUAUGUAUAUUCGCGAUUCCCUUUACUCCCCUUUACACGUUCCGAGGCACUUGGAGUUGGGGCUCUUUGUUAUGUCACAUUAUGCCUUUCGCACAGGGAUGCAGUGUAUACAUAUCCACGUUGACGCUUAUGUCGAUAGCAAUCGAUAGAUUCUUCGUCAUUAUAUACCCUUUUAGGCCACGUAUGAAAAUCGAGACUUGCAUUACGGUAAUUAUUAUGAUAUGGACUUUCUCCAUUACCGUUACGACGCCCUACGCUAUUUUUAUGACCUACUACGACUUCAAGUUCGGAAAAUUUUGUGAGGAAACCUGGCCGUCGGAGAGACUGCGGCGCAUAUUUGGCUCGGUCACAUCCGUUAUGCAAUUCGUUCUACCGUUCAUUGUGAUAGCGGUCUGUUAUAUUUGCGUCAGCUUCAAAUUGAACGAUAGGGCUAAAGCGAAGGCUGCUAGUAAAAAUUCGAAGAAAGAGGAACUCGAUAAAAACAGGAAACGGAGAACGAACCAAAUGCUGAUCGCCAUGGUAACGAUUUUCGGGCUCUCGUGGCUACCUUUGAACAUAAUCAACUUAUGUAACGAUUAUUACAUGUACGCGAUACAUCUGAAGUAUUACUUUUUGAUUUUUUUCGUCGCACAUGUAAUAGCCAUGUCGUCGACCUGCUACAAUCCUUUUAUAUACGCGUGGAUGAACGAGAAUUUUCGUAAGGAAUUCAAGCAAUUGAUUCCGUGUAUCGAUUCUUCGGCGCAGACGAGAGGAAACAUUCAGAUGGAACAGCUCAGGGCUGGUCCCGAAAAGACUUUUAACGGUAACACGACGACUGACAGCUAUUUAGGAUCCAGCUCGCAAAGGGCGACAUCGUUCAGACACAAAAGAAAGCCGAGUGCCGCGGCGGACGUAGAGAAAAGUGGCGUCGAACUGAAUGAAGAUUUAUUGACAGUUGACGUGAAGCAUUGUCACAUUUCAACGAGCUACAAUCUAAGGAGGGAAUCAGUUAAAUUGCGUCUCAUCAACGAGGAGUCGUUCGACGGGACGCCGUCUCAAAGUCAAUUCUAACAACUAAUUGCCCGGGUUCGACUCUGGAAUCGUUCCCAGCUAUGAAGCAAGUAGAGUAUAAAUAAGAACCCAUUAAUUUUGGAAAAAAAACUUUUUUUUGUAACUUUUAACUAAAAUGCACAUUUCGAUGACUCCUUAUGCGUAUGAAUUUAUCUUUAAAAUUAGUAUGUUGUUGUGCUAAUAGUGUUUGUAGAGAUUUCGGGAAACGUACGCACACUGCCACAAAAUGAAACCUUCCCCAAAAAUCUACGUAUAUCUUGUAGAAAUUAGAAAUCUUAUUAAAAUUAUCUUUUUACCGUAUCUUAUAAACGUGUAGCAUAUGUGGAACAUUAAUAUAAUUUUUGAGCUGUUUCUAAUAAUCGACUUCAGAGUAUAUAAUAUAUUAU